UCAUGUUUUGUAAGGAGCAUAUGAUUAGAAGUCAGUUGUUUCUUGAAUCAUCGAUUUCUUUCCGCUUUUUCUCCACUGACAUGGACUGGCUUUAGCAGAAGAUUAAUGAAUGUUACUUUAGGCCCAUGUCUGCCUCGGGAAAGAAGCAUGGCUGUCGAUGGCGACGCGAUUGGGUGUUGUUUUGGCUUUCAUGCCUUCUUGUGAACUCGUCUGAUGAAACACCGUUCGAAAACUGCACUCGUAAUUCCUCCUCGCCUUCCGUCGCAAGAGAAUCCUUUUUCAAUUACAAGACCUCCGUUGUCGAAAACGAAUACAUAGUUGUUUUCAAUGGAUACUACACCACUUCAGCCAGGGAUGGAUAUGUCAUGUCAGCCCUCGCAUUGUCCUCUGAUAAUUCCUGGAAAAUUAUCCCUCGGCAUAAUCCUGCCAGUGACUACCCAAGUGACUUCUCUCUUGUAAAGUUGAAAGGAGACACAAGCAGUGGUGUUGAUUCACUAAAGAGACAUCCUAAGGUCAGAAGUGUUACACCACAAAAGAGAGUCGAAAGGUUUCUCAAGAGCAUAGAAGUGAAAGAAGAUGAACUGAAGAAAGAAAGUGAACGGGAUGCAGAUGCAGACUGUGCCGAGCAGGAUGUUGGUUGUUGGUCACAGGUGUGGAGUGCAAGGAGGACAACCCGUUCCAGUUUAGCAUUGAGUCACAGCCUUAUUCAAUCUCAGCUUCGUCACAAUCCUGGUAGAAGAAUCCUCAGAUCCGUUCCUAGACAGAUUGUUCAUGUGCUGCAGGCUGAUGUGCUUUGGAGUAUGGGUCACACAGGUGAUGGUGUGAAGGUAGCCAUUUUUGACACAGGUCUGCCAAAGAAUCACCCUCACUUUAGAAAGGUCAUGGACAGAACAAACUGGACAGAGGAAAAGACCCUUGAUGAUGGUCUGGGCCAUGGAACCUUUGUUGCUGGUGUUGUGGCAAGUUCACGAGAAUGUCUGGGGUUUGCCCCUGAUGCAGAGCUUCACAUCUUCAGAGUUUUUACCAAUAGUCAGGUAUCAUAUACAUCUUGGUUUCUGGAUGCCUUCAACUAUGCAAUCCUGAAAAAAGUCAGUGUUCUGAACCUGAGCAUUGGGGGCCCUGAUUUCAUGGACCAGCCUUUUGUGGACAAGGUCUGGGAGCUCACUGCAAAUGGUGUUGUAAUGGUUUCUGCCAUUGGUAAUGAUGGGCCCCUUUAUGGAACGUUGAACAAUCCCGCUGAUCAGAUGGAUGUUAUCGGAGUUGGUGGUAUCAACUUUGAAGACCAUAUUGCACGUUUUUCGUCCCGAGGAAUGACAACCUGGGAACUACCAGGGGGAUAUGGUCGAGUCAAACCAGAUGUUGUUACUUACGGUUCAGGGGUGCGGGGAUCAAGCCUCAAAGGUGGAUGCCGUUCAUUAUCGGGAACAAGUGUGGCGUCGCCAGUUGUGGCAGGAGCAGUCUCUCUUUUACUCAGUGCUGUUAAACAUCGUGGAAACAGUGUCAACCCAGCAAGUGUCAAGCAGGCUCUCAUGGCUUCAGCUCGCCGUCUACCUGGAUUUAACAUAUUUGAACAAGGUCAGGGCAAGCUCGAUCUCAUUAAAGCCUAUCAAAUUCUGAGCAAUUACAAACCACAGGCCAGUUUAAGCCCAGCUUACAUAGACUUGACUGAGUGUCCGUACAUGUGGCCAUACUGUACACAACCCUUAUACUAUGGUGGAAUGCCUACCAUUGUUAAUAUUACCAUUUUGAAUGGAAUGGGUGUUACUGGGCAAAUCGAAGGGAAACCAACGUGGCAUCCUUAUUUACCACAGAAUGGCGACUAUAUCCAGGUUGAAUUUUCAUAUUCUUCUGUAUUGUGGCCUUGGUCUGGAUAUCUGGCUGUUGUUAUUACACCUGCCAAGAAAGCUGAAUCAUGGGAAGGCAUAGCACAAGGUCACGUCUCACUUACAGUCAUUUCUCCACCACAGGAAUCUGACAUAGAACCCAGGCGAUCUACAAUAAAACUGCCAGUUCGCGUCAAAAUUAUACCCACCCCACCAAGGAGCAAACGAUUGUUGUGGGACCAAUUUCACAAUCUUCGAUACCCGUCAGGAUAUUUUCCCCGAGACAACCUGAAAAUGAGAAACGAUCCGUUAGACUGGAAUGGCGAUCAUAUUCACACCAAUUUUAAGGAUAUGUACAUGCAUCUCAGGAACGCUGGAUAUUUCGUGGAAGUUCUUGGUGCUCCUUUCACAUGUUUUGAUGCUACUAAGUACAACACGUUGCUCCUUGUUGAUAGCGAAGAGGAAUACUUUGCUGAAGAGGUAACCAAACUGAGGGAGGAUGUGGAAGAGAGGGGCCUGUCAGUGAUUGUAGUUGGUGACUGGUUCAAUGUGCCUGUUAUGAGAAAGAUCAAGUUUUACGAUGAGAACACGAGACAGUGGUGGAUGCCGGACACCGGGGGAGUUAAUGUACCAGCUAUCAACUCACUGUUGUCUCAUUGGAACAUGGCUUUUAGUGAUCAAGUGUACGAGGGAGAAUUCACCAUCGGAGACAAUAAAGUGUUGUACUCGUCCGGAACAAGCAUAGCCUCAUUUCCAAACGACGGUCUAGUAAUAAAAGAAAAAUUGAAUCAUCAGGGAAACGAGGUCGUAACGGGGGAGACUAAGGCUGAGGAGGACGUGGCAAUUCUUGGGCUUUACCAGGUACCAGGCCCUCAGAGUGGAAGAAUUGUUCUUUAUGGUGAUUCGAAUUGCCUUGACAACGCACAUAUGGAGAAAGACUGUUUCUGGUUGUUGGACCUGCUCAUAGACUUCACUGCCAAUCGUGUUUUGUCUCCUGUCCUGAAGGACCUCAGCAGUGGACCCCCCAAACAUUCUGAAUCUGUCCCCGAGAGAAUGGAUGGUAACCAUCUCCAUAAAUACUCAAAAGUCCUGGACGCUACCCAGCUGGGGGCUAUUGAAACAGUCCCGUUGCCUGAUUGUCCCAAGCAGGCAUGGAGCAAACCAGAGCCCCUCAAUAUUACGGCCCCAGAGAACCUUCACAAACAAAGAUGGCUACUAUCUGUAAAUCUAGAUCAGUUACCUGUGAUAGUGCCUCGUCACGUACAGCGUGUGGCUCCAUACCCGGAUGUGGCAGACUCAGACCCGGAUGAACUUCCCGCUGUCAACAUGAGUGUCCUUUCCACUCUACCAAUGUACGUGGUUUUCUUCUCAACUUUGAUCGUUGUUUACUGCGCUGUUCUGUCGUGUCGAGCUCACCGCAAACCGCGAGCUAAAAAACACAAACCCAAGCCCCAACGCAUGACAGUGACACGGACAAAACUACCCUACGUUUAACCGGGAAAGGAUUGGUGACGAAGAUUGUAGUUCCUACUGAUGCUCAAUAUGGACCCAAUCCAUAAGGGUGUUGUGUCACUGGGUCGAGAGGUGUGGGAGGUGAACGCUCCUCGGGUGCACAGACAAGUGCGCAAGGUUCCUACGCGCGACGGAGCCCCAUCUUAAAGGAGACCGGAUUUCCACCGUGUAGCUCUUACUGCGAGUGAAGAUCACGCGAAACUGGACAUAGACAACGGUCCAGUGACCACAAACAGCGCUGGUCGCUGAGUAGUUAACGAUGUAAAAAUAUUACCUUUUUGCCCGAGUGAAUUGAUAAGAUUUGGAAAACUGUUUCCUUUCCUCGAGAGUCGAAGGCUUUAGAACGAUAAGUACGAUCAUACAUGAAGUGUUUGUAUUCUAGAUUCGUUCAGAAGUUCGAAGGUUUUGAAGGCGAGUAGCACAAUAACGAAAAAAUUCUUGGUUAUGAAGUAAAACAGAAAUGAAAGUUUGGCGUUGUGAGGAAAUUUCAUUUGCAGCUCAAGAUGUGAGCUUUUUUAAAUCGAAAUGUUUGUAAAGUAAAGAGUUAAUGAAACGUUGUUUUAUCAUAGAUUAUCGGAUACUUUGAUGCGUUUCGUGAUUUUAACGCUAAGAAAAUCUAAUGAUUCCGCAGAGAUAUUGUCUUUUGAAAAGUGAGAAAAUCAAAUUUAUAUUUUUAUCGAUUUAACUUUCACAGGAAAGUUGGGAUUUGAGAUAAAUAAAACAGAAUAUUGACAGAAGUUAACUUG